ACAGAGCGAUGGAAGAGGGCCUCCAGGAAAUCCUCGCCGAAGAAUGGGAAGAAUAAAUCACUGGGGUGGAGGCCCUAGUCCACCACCAAUGGCUGGAGGUGGAUGAGGAAGGUAAAUGCCUGCUGUAAGAGGCAGGCAAAGGAGCAUGCAUGUUUGCAAGAAGAAAGGGAAGAGAGUUCAGUGGUGGACCAAAUGAGUUUGGACGUUGUGAAUGUGCGUGUCUAACUAAGAACUGUUCUGCAAUAUAAGCAGAUUAAUGAAGUUGUACUGGAAAAUCCUUCAAGGAUCCAGUAUAACUGAAGUGCAGCGUUAUUAAAUACAUGUUUACUGUCUGUCUAAAGUCUUUGUAUAGUUUCUGAACAUUUUACUGUAGUUGCAAAAUAAAUUAUAUAUGGCUUGUCAGAAGGCUGGCUCUUAAUUUUUAGACAACCAAAAAGUUCUACUCAAAGCACAGUGAACACCUUUCUGGUCAGAUGAGGAAAAUGUGUAAUACUUACACAUGACACCAAAGAUCACUCAAAAAUCACUUAAAGCAGUGCUUCCUUAAAGGUUUUAAGGAACCUUUACUGGUUCUUGCUGUGUUUUUAUAAUAUUAAUGAUGUGCUAAAAACACUUGUAAGAUGCAUUUUUAGUUUUUUUUGUUUGUUUGUUUGUUUUAAACGGUCCUUCCAUUUUAAAAGACUCAUUUCCUUAAAGCCCAAUUGUAGGUUCUAUAACAUUCCCACUUCAUAAGCACUCAUGAAACAACUUUCUUCUGUUCUCAACACACGUGCAUAUUCUGUGCAAAUAGGACACUUCGAAUAAAAUGAGGUUUCAUUUUCGUUACAGGAAGAAAAGCUGCUCGGUAACACUGAGCACUAACACACAAGUUAUUUUCUUCCCUGUCACUGCUUUUCUGCAUGGGCUGCGACUUUCAAUCGUUGUUCCGGGCUCUGUUUGGUCCAUGGGAGCGGGCCGGUUCCUCCAAGCAGAACCCAGACGGAGCUAACUUCUACGAAGUGCCGCUUUCAGUUUUUCACCCGGUUUUUCUCACAGCCUCCAGCAGCUAACUAUCGCCUCCAGCAGCGUCCCUUUGUUACCAGCAGAUUCAUGAACACGUCGGCUUCCGCCUGCUGCUCAUAGAGAAGCUCGAACUCCGCCCGCCCCGCGGUACCAGCCGAGCUGUCCGGGGGGCGGUGCCUCCCGUGCUCCCGCCCGUUCCGCCCCGUGCCGCCGCCGGGCCCAGCUCGGAGGCGCCAGGCGGGCCGGGAAAAUGACCCAGGCGGAGAAAGGCGAGACGGAGAACGGCAAGGACAAGGAGCGUGAGCGAGAGCAGCGCGGCGGCAAGCGGCCCAUCGUCCCCGCCGCCGUGCCCGAGUCCCUGCAGGAGCAAAUCCAGAGCAACUUCAUCGUGGUGAUCCACCCCGGCUCCACGACCCUGCGACUCGGGAGGGCCACGGACACGCUGCCUGUGGGCAUCCCUCACGUCAUCGCUCGGCGGCACAAACAGCAGGGCCAGGCGGCGUACCGGGACAGCUGGCUGCUGCGGGACGGCCUCAAUAAACCUGAAAGUACAGAGCAGAGACAAAAUGGCCUAAAAAUGGUGGACCAAGCAAUAUGGUCCAAAAAGAUGUCAAAUGGUGCCAGACGUAUCCCAGUGUCACCUGACCAGGCCAGGUCAUACAACAGACAGAUGCGGCCAGCUAUUUUAGAUCACAGCUCUGGGGCCAAGUGGACAAACACCUCUAAUCAUCCUGAGUUUUUGGUAGGAGAGGAGGCACUGUAUGUUAAUCCAUUAGAUUCUUAUAAUAUACAUUGGCCAAUUAGGAGAGGGCAGCUGAAUCUACACCCAGGACCUGGAGGCUCCCUCACUGCAGUAUUAGCAGAUCUUGAAGUUAUAUGGUCACAUGCAAUACAAAAGUACCUGGAAAUACCACUGAAAGAUCUAAAGUACUACAGGUGCAUUUUACUAAUUCCAGACAUCUACAAUAAACAACAUGUGAAAGAGCUAGUGAAUAUGAUCCUAAUGAAGAUGGGCUUCUCAGGAAUUGUGGUGCACCAGGAGUCUGUCUGUGCUACAUUUGGAAGUGGUUUAGGCAGUGCGUGUAUAGUAGACGUGGGAGAUCAGAAGACAAGUGUUUGCUGUGUGGAAGAUGGAGUUUCCCAUCGCAACACCAGGCUCUGCCUUGCAUAUGGAGGAUCUGAUGUGUCAAGAUGUUUUUACUGGCUUAUGCAACGAGCAGGGUUUCCGUACAGAGACUGUCAGUUAACUAAUAAGUUGGAUUGCCUUCUGCUUCAGCACCUAAAAGAGACAUUUUGUCACCUAGACCAGGAUAUUUCUGGGUUGCAAGAUCACGAGUUCCAAAUUCGGCAUCCAGAUUCUCCAGCUCUAUUAUACCAGUUCCGAUUAGGGGAUGAAAAAUUACAGGCUCCAAUGGCUCUGUUUUAUCCAGCAACUUUUGGAAUUGUUGGACAAAAGAUGACAAUUUUGCAGCACCGGUCACAAGGGGACCCUGAGGAUCCUCAUGAUGAGCAUUAUCUGCUAGCCACACAAAGUAAGCAGGAGCAGUCUUCAAAAGCUACAGCUGAUAGAAAAUCCAUGUCAAAGCCUGGUACCUUUGAGGGAGAAAUGAAAGGCCAAGUUACAGAUAUUUCAGAGAGGAUGUACCCCCAAGAAGUUGAACUGGGAUCCUCCCAAAGUGACUGUAUGAUACCUGGAAAUGAUUCAGAGGAACCUUUAACUGCACACACGUCCAGAAAAACAGUUGUUUCUCAAUUUGAAGGCAAAGCUUUAGGCCUUGACAAAGCCAUUCUUCAUAGUAUUGAUUGCUGUGCCUCUGAUGAUACAAAAAAGAAGAUGUACAGCUCCAUCUUGGUGGUGGGAGGAGGCCUUAUGUUUCAUAAAGCUCAAGAGUUCCUUCAACACCGAAUUCUCAACAAAAUGCCCCCUUCUUUUAGAAGAGUAGUUGAGAACGUUGAAGUCAUCACAAGACCUAAGGAUAUGGAUCCCCGCUUAAUUGCAUGGAAAGGAGGUGCUGUGUUGGCCUGUCUUGACACAACUCAGGAGCUGUGGAUAUAUCAGCGAGAAUGGCAGCGUUUUGGUGUCAGAAUGUUACGAGAGCGAGCUGCAUUUGUGUGGUAAAUGAUGUGUUUAUACAGUUAAUUAAAAAUUCAGUUCCCUCAAAUGCCA